CAGCAAUUUAUUUCCAUUUUGUUCUACCUAGAAUUUCAAUCUAUUAUUACGUCGUGUGCGUCUAGUUUGUUUUCCUGCAAAACACGAAAAGAAACAAUCGUUUAGACAUCAUGAGGAUUUUCUUGGCUCUCUUCAUCUUGGGGCACGCUUUGGCGGGCCUUCCACAUGGCCAGCUGUCGGCUCAAAUCAACGCCGAUAAAUUGAAACAUCACGAGAGACUUCAUCCGAUUGUCGUCCAGCAAAAAACUCCAAAUGUUCCGGGUUCCGGCAUCCGCAUUCUGCGUCAACAACCGGCUGGCUAUCAGUACCAACAGCCGACCCCGUCUUUCUUCCUGCCCACGCAAGCCAGCAAUUCAGUACAAACGGCAGUGACGCUACCCCAACAAUUUGUCCCAGCAUCGACCGCACCUCCGCCAACGUUCGCUCCGACCUAUCCGACGACAGCUUAUCUUCCGCCCACCAGUGCGCCCACAACGGCCGCCCCGCCUCCACCAGAUGUCAUCAUCAUCGAACCCAUCCGACCUGUGACCAUUCCGGCCUUCAUCGCUCCAGCCACAACGGCUCCGGUCGACUCUACCGCCCGUUGCCGUCACCCAGCCGUCCAUCCUUUCUUUCCCACCUCGUCCGACCGUCGGUCCGGUCGUUGUCGAUCCACCUACUAUGAACAUGGCCCUGAUGCCUCAAUUGCCUACGGUCCAAAUGGCGCAAAUAGCUUCGCUGGAUGUCGAUUGCGCUAAAGAAUCCAUGGUCGUUAAAAUCAAAUUCGAUCGACCUUUCGGUGGCUUGAUCUACUCAAAGGGUUUCCAUAGCAACUUGGAUUGCCAUCACGUGCGUUACGGAACUAAUAGCGAUUCGUAUGUGUUUACCAUCCGUUUGGAUUCGUGCGGAUCGCAGUGGGUCGACGCUUUGGCCAGCGGUGGAAAGGCUUAUCUAGAAAACGUCAUCAUCAUUCAAAACGAGCCGGGCAUUCAAGAGAUCUGGGAUACGUCUCGCUCUAUCCGAUGCUUCUGGGAAGGAUCACUGGAGAAGACAGUCUCGUACGCCUUCAACAUCGACAUGCUGGACACGCAGAUUGUCAGCUUCAGCGGCGAUUCGGCUACGGCUAGCAUGGACAUUCAAAUCGGCAAAGGACCGAACGCACCGAGCGUCAACGGCCUCGUCAAGAUCGGCGACACGUUGACGAUGGUCGUCGCUAUCGAAGGCGACCCAGGAUUCGAUGUCCAGGUUCAGGAAUGCAUCGCUCACGACGGCGACCGCGCCAACGCCGUUACGCUGACCGACAAGAACGGCUGCGUCCUCAAGAAGAAACUGAUGGGACCUUGGCAAAAGACGAUCGAAACCGGCCGGCCCGGAGUGUCUCUCGUCGCAUUCUCCUUCUUCCAGGCAUUCAAAUUCCCAGACCAGAUGGAAGUCUUCCUAGAGUGCAACGUCGAACUGUGCAAAAACGGAUGCGAUGUCUGCCCUGAAGACGCCAGUCUCUUUGACAUCCGCAAUCGCAAUCGCCGUAGCAUCAACAAUUCAACGGCCGAAGUUUCGGACGUCCGUUUGCGCCGAUCGCUUCGUGUCAUCUCUAACGAGGAUAUCGCUUACAAACCGGAUUCCCAUUCCGUCGUGACUCUCACCACGGGCAAUCGUCUGACGAACCAAGAGGAUGUUUGCAUGGCUCUAAGCAGCUUUAUCGUCGGCCUCGCAGUCAUUCUCAUCGUCUUGGUUGUUUCGUGCAUCAUGACGGCCUUACUCUGCGUGAAAAUACGUUCGGCUACCGUCGGCACCGAGUCCAUCUACCCGCCAAGUUCUACGUAUCACGCGUUCUCGUCGUCUGCUUCGAAAGCGUGAAAACAACCAUUCCAUUUGUAUACGAAAACAUAUAGUCUCCCAACUCUCUAUCGUGAUUGUGUUUGAUAUUUCUCGCUAUAUGCUGAUUGGCCAGGUGCGAUCCGCUUGUUGAAACUUGUGAAUAUUACAGAGAUUUUAAUUUUUUGUUGUAUUGAUUUUGGUACUAUGCUCAAUACACAACAACGAUUGGCGUUGUUAUAUAUUUCA